UCGCCCCGCGCCGCCGCCGCCGGGCCCCAGGCUCCGGCUGGCCAUGGCGGAGGUGGGUCGGGCCGCAGUGUGCGACCCGAAUGCGCUGCUCCCGGGUGGCUUCUGGGCGGCGGUGGCCGUGUGGCUGGAGAGGCCGCAGGUGGCCAACAAGCGGCUGUGUGGCGUCCUCCUGGAGGCCCGGCGGAGGGCCGCCCUGCCCUGCGCCGAGGCCCGCGACCCCAGGCCGAGCGCAGGCGCCGCGCAGGCCCCGGCGGCGCGCGGGCCCGAGGAGUUCCCGGGGCGGCUCCAGCAAGAGGGGGACCAGAAAGCAGCAGCCGGAGCGCCUCUGCUCGCAGGGGCCUCCGGGCAGCCCGGCAAAGCUGGAGUCGGGGAGGGAGACCUUCCCUCCUCGGGUCUGGAUUCUCUUUGGGACGAUUUCUUCCGGAGCCUCGCCGGCGACGGUCGUGAGUUGCUGGCCUUCCUCACCGGUUCCCGCGCGGGAUCGCAGCCGGAGGCGCAGCACGAGCUCGACAUGGUUCUCAGAACCAUCAUCCCGAAAAAGAGCCUGCAUUGCCCACUUACUGCUCCGAGGAGAGAAAUAGUCGUGCAAGAUGUCCCCAAUGGAACUGUAACUUUUUUACCUUUGGAAGAAGAUAACGAAGGGAAUUUGAAGGUUAAGAUGAGCAACGUUUACCAAAUUCAGCUUGGUCACAGCAAAGAAGAAUGGUUCAUAUCUGUUUUAAUUUUCUGUCCAGAAAGAUGGCAUUCAGAUGGAAUUGUUUAUCCUACGUCCACCUGGCUUGGAGGAGACCUGGUGGUGAAGUUGGCCAGGUGGUCUGUGGAGAGGAGGAGGAGUGGGUUCAAGAACUCCCUGUCCCUCAUUUCCAUCUCCAAGUACAGCAAGGCCUACCAGGAGCUUAAGGAGAAGUACAAAGGCCUGGUCAAGGUGUGGCCUGAAGUAACUGAUCCUGAGAAGUUUGUGUAUGAAGAUGUGGCUAUUGCUGCCUACCUGCUGAUUCUGUGGGAACAAGAAAGAGCUGAGCGGGGAGUGGUGGCCAAGCAGUCCUUUGUUGACUUAGGAUGCGGAAAUGGCCUCCUGGUCCACAUCCUGAGCAGUGAGGGGCAUCCAGGCAGAGGGAUCGAUGUCCGAAGAAGAAAAAUCUGGGACAUGUACGGCCCACAGACUCACUUAGAGGAAGGUGCAAUCACGCCAAAUGAUAAGACCCUUUUCCCUGAUGUUGAUUGGUUAAUAGGCAACCAUUCUGAUGAACUAACACCGUGGAUACCCGUCAUUGCAGCCAGGUCCUCCUACAGCUGCCGCUUCUUCCUUCUCCCCUGUUGCUUCUUCGACUUCGCGGGGAAGUACCGCCGGAGGCAGAGCGCCAAGACGCAGUACCGGGAGUACGUCGAUUUCGUCGAGGAAGUGGGCGUGGCGUGCGGCUUCCACGUGGAGGAGGACUGCCUGAGGAUCCCCUCGACCAAGAGGGUGUGUCUCCUUGGGAAAUCGAGAACAUACCCGCCCUCCCAAGAAGUUCUCGUCGAUGCGCAGAGAACCCAGUACAUUAACGGCCGACAGUGCUGCCCCGGGAACUGCCCUGGCAAGGGGCCUGCUCCUCCCCCGCCAGCUGCCGCGGGCGGUACUGGUCACCCUGACGGCCACAGAGCUGGGGGCGCCGAGCCAGGGGUGGAGGCCCGGCCGGAAGGACCCUGGCUGACCGGAUUUCACCCCAGAGAAAAAGCUGAGUGCCCGAGGAACUGUGCUGCCCUCCCUCGGGAUUUCGUUGACCAAGUGGUUUUGCACGUGGCGAAUUUGUUGUUGGGUGGAAACCAGUUAAACACAAGAAGCUCUCAGAGUGGCUGCCUGAAGACCUGGAAUCGAGGAGAGAGCCUUUCAUUGGCUGAAGUGGCCAGCGAGCUGGGCAGGGAGACUCUACAGCGGCUGAAGCGGGAAUGCGGAGGCCUGCAGACGCUGCUUAGAAACAACCACCAGGUGUUUGAAGUUCUGAAGGGGAGAGUCCACAUCCGUGACUGGAGAGAAGAGGGGCUGCGGAAGGAAAAGCGGCCAAAGGCCAGACAGAGGCUGUUUUCCGAAGCUUUCAAGACCCGAGUCUGUUGGUUUUCCGUGCAUCACCCUGACGGCUGCGUGCUGCCUGCAGACCGCUGCCCGUUUGCGCACGGGCCGGCCGAGCUGCGGCCAUCCCAGACUCCCAAGACGGACAAGCAGGCUCUGUGAGUCGCGUGUGCCCUGCGCGUGGCGCCGGGUGGGAGGCUGAGCCAGGGAGAAAGGCCCCGGUCCCUCCGAGUCCUGCCCUUCCUGGGCUCCUGGGUUCCCGGCCAUUUCCCUUCUUCCUCCCUCCAGAUUUUCAUGGUGAUACAAGCGUGUUACAUAAACAGUGACAACUGGAGCCGGCAGAUCACUCCUGACCCAGCCCAGCCGAGAGCUGGGUUUGCAUUGUGAGUGGGGCCGCCAAGUGCGUUCAGACUGCAUGAGAAUGAGAGCCUGAGGGUUCUCUGCCCGCUCGCACUGCUGAGGACGGAGAUGUGCCGAGCCGGCCGCCCCAGGCCUGGUUCUGGCUGCCUGCCUGAGGAGAGCAGCUGCCCCCGGCUGCACCGUCGCCUGCCUGGGCUGGAAAG